AUGCUCCCAUCCUCCUCCUUGAUUGACUUGUUCCAAGGGUGGCCGUCUCCAGCUCUCCUCCCCGUCUCUCUUAUCGAAACGGCCUUCGAAAAAGUACUUGCAGAUCCUGAGCUUUUGGUGUCAUCCCUUCUGUACGGUCCGGAUCCUGGGCCGCCUUCACUCCUGAAUGCUCUUGCUAUUUUCCUGGCCAAAUUUUACUCUUCGCCGUGGACUUCACCGUCACGGUUGACGACGACGGGCGGUGCCAGUCAGGGCCUGUCAUGCAUCCUCCAGGUCUUUUCAGAUCCGAUACAUACCCAGCGUGUGUACAUGGUCGCCCCAACAUACUUCCUUGCCUGUCGUAUCUUCGAGGACCAUGGUUUCGUCGGACGCCUAAAGGCGGUGCCAGAAGAUGAGGAGGGUCUUGAUAUUGACAAGCUAGAAGAGUUGAUAUCGCAAGAGGAUCGGGCAAAAGGACCACCAGAACUACAGCCACUGCCCUUUAAAAGGCCGCUUGCCAACCAAAAGGUCUUCAAACAUAUCAUUUACUGCGUUUCGACAUUUUCAAACCCCUCGGGCAAGAGCAUGUCCAUUGCACGACGUGAGCAACUAGUCCGCCUAGCUCGCAGGCACGAUGCUCUGGUAAUCAGCGAUGAUGUUUAUGACUUUCUGACCUGGAAGCCAAUGACUCGUUUUGAGGCUAGUAUGCCUCGGCUGAUAGACCUAGACCACUUCCUGGAUGGCGGACCUUCUUUACCAUUCGGCAAUGUCGUCAGCAACUGCUCGUUUUCUAAGAUUCUUGGGCCUGGUUUGAGAACAGGGUGGACGGAAUCCACGGAGAGAUUUGCAGAAGGCCUGUCCCAGUGUGGCUCAACUCGAAGCGGAGGAUCUCCAAGCCAGUUCACCGCCUCCAUGAUUUCGGAAUUGCUUCGUUCAGGAGCCCUUGAAGCCUAUCUCAGCAAUGUCUUGAUCCCCACAUAUCAAGUCCGAUCCGCUGCCAUGGUGGCGGCCGUGCAAGAACACCUUGUCCCUCAUGGCGCGGUGUUAGGAUUGAUGGAACAAAGCUGCCAAGGAUCUCCACCAGUCGAAGGUGGAUAUUAUGUUUAUCUCCUUCUUCCAGAACCAAUCGAUGCAGCAAGAUUCGCCAAUCUGGCACGGCAUGAGGAAAAUGUUGUUGUCGGAGCGGGCCACGUCUUUGAAGUUUGGGGUGAUGAAGGAAGUGUUCCUGCCCAGAGCGGUGUGCGGCUUUGUUUUGCGUGGGAAGAGGCCGAUCAAAUUGUCGAAGGUAUCUCCCGGCUGGGAAAGGUGUUGGCAAAACUUGUGGCGGAGAGCCCAAACUGCUCAUCUCCACCGACCGGAGUAGGGCGUCGUAACUAUCAAAGUUUUACUGCUCUCACCUGUCCUUGA